CAUGACGGGCGGCGGCGCGGCGGAGCGGCCGCGGCGCUGAGGGGCGAGCGCGGGGCGCGGAGCCCGGGCGGCCCGGGCAGCGCGGGGCGGCGCGGAGCCCGCCCGGCCCUCAGGCGGAGCGGCGCGGAGCUCGGGGAGAAGCGCGGAGCUCAGGCCGCCAUGGGCAACGCGGGCAGCGUGGACGCGCAGCAGACGGAGCUGAGGGCGCACAGCGUCCCCCUGAAGCUGCCCAUGCCCGAGCCCGGGGAGCUGGAGGAGCGCUUCGCCGUGGUGCUGAAUGCCAUGAACCUGCCUCCUGACAAGGCCCGGCUGCUGCGGCAGUACGACAACGAGAAGAAGUGGGAGCUCAUCUGUGACCAGGAGAGAUUCCAGGUGAAGAAUCCUCCACACACUUACAUCCAGAAGCUGAAGGGAUAUCUGGACCCAGCAGUGACCAGGAAGAAAUUCAGGAGACGAGUCCAGGAGUCGACUCAGGUGCUCCGAGAACUGGAAAUUUCCUUGAGGACAAACCACAUUGGGUGGGUCAGGGAGUUCCUGAAUGAGGAGAACAAGGGCCUGGAUGUCCUGGUGGAAUACCUGUCCUUUGCCCAGUAUGCAGUCACCUUUGACUUUGAGAGCCUGGAGAGCAGCGUGGAGAGCUCCAUGGACAAGGCCAAGCCCUGGAGCCGCUCCAUUGAGGACCUGCACAGGGGCAGCAACCUGCCCUCCCCCGUGGGGAACAGCAUCUCGCGCUCCGGCCGCCACUCCACGCUCCGGUACAACACCUUGCCAAGCAGAAGAACCCUGAAGAAUUCCCGCCUAGUGAGUAAAAAGGAUGAUGUGCACGUGUGCAUCAUGUGCCUCAGGGCCAUCAUGAACUACCAGUAUGGAUUCAACAUGGUCAUGUCCCAUCCUCACGCUGUCAAUGAGAUUGCACUGAGCUUGAACAACAAGAACCCCAGGACCAAAGCUCUGGUGCUGGAGCUGCUGGCAGCCGUGUGCCUGGUCCGGGGGGGCCACGAGAUCAUCCUGGCUGCCUUCGACAACUUCAAGGAGGUGUGUGGGGAGAAGCAGCGCUUUGAGAAGCUCAUGGAGCAUUUCAGGAAUGAGGACAACAACAUUGACUUCAUGGUGGCCUGCAUGCAGUUCAUCAACAUCGUGGUGCACUCGGUGGAGGACAUGAACUUCAGAGUGCACCUGCAGUACGAGUUCACCAAGCUGGGCCUGGAUGAGUACCUGGAUAAGCUGAAGCACACAGAGAGUGACAAGCUGCAGGUGCAGAUCCAGGCUUACCUGGACAACGUGUUUGACGUGGGGGCUCUGCUGGAGGAUGCUGAGACCAAGAAUGCAGCCCUGGAGAGGGUGGAGGAGCUGGAAGAGAACCUUUCCCACUUAUCUGAAAAACUGCAGGACACAGAGAACGAAGCCAUGGCCAAAAUUGUGGAACUGGAAAAGCAACUGAUGCAGAGGAACAAAGAACUGGAUGUGAUCAGGGAGAUCUACAAGGAUGCCAACAGCCAGGUGCACACCCUGAGGAAGAUGGUGAAGGAGAAGGAGGAGGCCAUCCAGCGCCAGUCCACGCUGGAGAAGAAGAUCCACGAGCUGGAGAAGCAGGGAACCAUCAAGAUCCAGAAGAAAGGGGACGGGGACAUCUCCAUCCUGCCCGUGGCCCUGGGCUCUGGGGUGGUGCCAGCAGGAGCAGAGGCAGUGCCAGGCCCCUGUGCCACCCCUGGAGCCUCCUCAGUGCCCCUGCCCCCGCCCCCACCGCCCCUGCCCGCCCUGCCCGGCUCACCUGAGGCAGUGCCCAACGGCCCCGUGGCAGUGCCUGUGCCUCCUCCCCCUCCCCCUCCUCCUCCUCCUCCUCCUCCUCCUCCUCUCCCAGGUCCAGCUCUGGAUGCAGCUCCAGCACCACCACCACCCUCAGCUCCCCCCCUGCCUGGCACAGCCUCACCCACCGUGGUCUUCAACUCUGGCCUGGCAGCUGUGAAGAUCAAGAAGCCCAUCAAGACCAAGUUCAGGAUGCCCGUGUUCAACUGGGUGGCGCUGAAACCCAACCAGAUCAACGGCACCGUCUUCAACGAGAUCGACGACGAGCGCAUCCUCGAGGAUCUAAACGUGGAUGAAUUCGAGGAAAUCUUCAAAACAAAAGCCCAGGGCCCAGCCAUGGAUCUGACUUCCAGCAAGCAGAAGAUCCCUCAGAAGGGAUCCAACAAAGUCACACUGCUGGAUGCCAACAGAGCCAAGAAUUUGGCCAUCACCCUGCGGAAGGCCGGGAAGACGGCGGACGAGAUCUGCAGAGCCAUCCACGUGUUUGACCUGAAGACGCUGCCGGUGGAUUUCGUGGAGUGCCUGAUGCGCUUCCUGCCCACGGAGAACGAGGUGAAGGUGCUGAGGCUGUACGAGAGGGAGAGGAAGCCCCUGGAGAACCUGUCGGACGAGGACAGGUUCAUGCUGCAGUUCAGCAAGAUCGAGAGGCUGAUGCAGAAAAUGACCAUCAUGGCCUUCAUCGGCAACUUCGCCGAGAGCGUCCAGAUGCUGACCCCGCAACUCCACGCCAUCAUCGCUGCCUCUGUGUCCAUAAAGUCAUCCCAAAAACUGAAGAAAAUCCUGGAGAUCAUCCUGGCUCUUGGGAAUUACAUGAACAGCAGCAAGCGAGGGGCUGUGUAUGGAUUCAAGCUGCAGAGUUUAGACCUGCUGCUGGAGACCAAGUCCACGGACCGGAAGCAGACGCUGCUGCACUACAUCUCCAACGUGGUGAGGGACAAGUACCAGCACGUGGCCCUGUUCUACAACGAGCUGCACUACGUGGAGAAGGCAGCAGCAGUGUCCCUGGAGAACGUGCUGCUGGAUGUGAAGGAGCUGCAGCGGGGGCUGGAGCUCACCAAGCGCGAGUACACCAUGCACGACCACAACACCAUGCUCAAGGACUUCAUCCAGAGCAACGAGGGCAAGCUCAAGAAGCUGCAGGACGAUGCCAAAAUAGCCCAGGAUGCCUUUGAUGAUGCUGUGAAGUAUUUCGGGGAGAAUCCCAAGACAACCCCGCCCUCGGUGUUCUUCCCGGUGUUCGUGCGCUUUGUGAAGGCCUACAAGCAAGCAGAGGAAGAGAACGAGCUGAGGAAAAAGCAGGAGCAGGCCUUAAUGGAAAAGCUCAUGGAGCAAGAAGCAUUGAUGGAGCAGCAGGACCAAAAGUCCCCGUCCCACAGGAGCAGGAGGCAGCAGCAGGAGCUGAUCGCGGAGCUGCGGCGCCGCCAGGUCAAGGACAACCGGCACGUCUACGAGGGCAAGGACGGCGCCAUCGAGGACAUCAUCACAGCCCUAAAGAAGAAUAAUAUCACUAAAUUUCCCAAUGUUCACUCGAGGGUAAGGAUUUCUUCUAGCACAGCCGUGGUGGAGGAUUCCCAGAGCUGAUCUGCGGAACCAGCCGUACCGCCGCGCCGACGCGCUGAGGAGGAGCGUCCGCCGCCGCCUGGACGAGCACGGGCUGCGCCCCGGCCCCGCCGAGCUGGGGCUCUGAGCCCCCCCGAGCGGCCCCGACCCCAAAUUCCCGGGAAAACCCGAUUUUGGGGUCCCGGCGCCGCGCCCCCACGCCAAGUGCCUGACACGGAAGAUGCGCUCCCAGCGCUGGGUCGGUGCGUCCCUCCCCAGCCCCGCGGGGUUUGUAACCAAAAUGUAAAAUAGUUCGGGAGGGAGGGUCCUGCGGGCCUGAUGGAAACUGGGAAUACUGGGAAUCCAUACUGGGAUGUGCUUGGCUUUUAAUGCUGCGCCUCCAGCUGCACUUACCGGCUCUUCUUGAAUUAAAAUACAAACGAUAUUUAAGGGCUUUCUGGACACGGAAUUAAAAUAAUCCCAAAGUGCAACAACCCGGCCCUUGUGUCCCGGCCCGCAGGGACUGGAACGGAGCAGGAGUUCGGGAUAACAAUAAUUUAUUAAUUAGCACUAAGCCAUUAACAGCCAGUAAUCAGUAUUAGGCUCUGAGCGCUGCAGUCCAGCUCAGGGGAAGCCCAGCCCCAAAUUCCCAAUUUGGGCCCCUGAUGGAAUUUCCCACCCCUGAAAAGGAGCAGGAGGCAGAUUCAGGGAAGAGCUGGACUGAGGGGAAGUUUGGAAAUUUGUCCUUCCCAAAUCCCAUUUUGCCUCCAGCCUCCCCGCCCGGGCUCACCCCUCUGUUCAUUGUAAAAUUUCUUGUAUAGUAUUUAACCACUCAGUUUCUUUGCCCUUUUCCAUUGUGCUCCUGUGAACCACUGGUGAAGGUCCCUAAUUUUUGGUUUUUUUUUGGUUUUUUUUUUCCCUUGGAUAAUGUGUAGUUAUAUGAUAAUCUGUUUUUAAAUGUACAGAUAUUUUGCUACAAAAUUGGUGCAGUUUUUUAUGGUUUUUACACUUCCCCCCCUCCCCUUUAGCCUCUGGGUAAUAUUGUAAAUAUUGUUUAAAAGGAAAUAAAUGCAUCAAGCCUGUGCUAUACAAUCUGAAUGUUAUUUUAACUUAUAGUUUUUGUUUUUAUAUUUAACUAAAAGGACAGUUUGGGACUCAGAGUUACCACAUUGACCAAUUUCCAGGAAUUUUUCCUUGAAAAGCUGCCAAGUUUUUGCAUUUCCAGCACUGUGUACUUGACCUGCUAAAGAGAACAUGCCACUGUUGGAAUGAGUGGAUCAAAGGAAAUUGGGGAAUUUGCAUUUCAAAUUUCAGCACUUGUCUGGGUAUAAGCACUAAAUCUCAUUUUCUUCAGCUCAAAGGUAUUUUUUCUAAUAAAAGCCCCAAAUGAAAGCCAAGCUGGCAUGUUCUCUUUAAUAUUUUUCUAGUCAUAGAUUUGCUUCUUAGCAAGAUUAGAAAUGUUUUCUAAAGCAGUUCAUGUUCCUUUCCUGGUCUGUUCCUGCCAUAAAAUCAAAUAAACUAUUUACACUACUA